AUGCCUGGUCUUACUACUACCGAGAUUCAUAACGUCGCAUUAGUUGGGAAAGGAUAUGUCGGAGGAUACGUCUACGACAAACUCGUCGACGCCGGCUUCAACGUGACACUCCUCUCUCGCUCGAACCCAGACAACAAGGUUAACGUCCGGGUCGUAGACUACGAAUCCACGAAAAGCCUCGCAGAGGCGUUGGAGGGCCAAGAUGCCGUCGUAUCGACCAUCUCGACGGCAGGCUGGUCGCACCAGUACAAGCUUAUUGACGCCGCAGUCGCCGUAGGCACGGUCAAGCACUUCAUCCCCAGCGACUUCACCGCGCUCUCAACCAAUCCUCAUGUUGCCAAGUUGCCGUUCUACAGAGAUGCGGUCGGCAUCCAGGACUACCUGCGGAAGAAGGCAAAGAACGCAGACAUGAAGUGGACCAUCAUUCAGACUGGCCCCAUUAUCGGUUGCGUGCUGAACGGGGCGUAUGCGUACAACUUCCAAGACAGGACUGCGCUUCAAGUGGGCGACGGGAGAAACGGUAGCCACAAAGUCAGCAUGACGCGGGGCUACACCAUCGGAAAAGCUGUUGUCUCUAUCUUGAGCAAGACGAAGGAGAUGGAGAGCGGGCCCAUUCACAUCCAUGAUGUUGUGACGUCUCAAAAAGAGAUACUUGAGAUUGCUCAAGAGAAGUCCGGCACGAAGUGGUCCAUCUCUCACGUCGAUGCGGAGGCCAAGCUCCAGGAGGGUCUGGGCAUGUUCAAGAUAGCUGGAGAGGAACCACCUCCCAUCUUCGCGACGUUUCUCGUCAUCCACUACACCAUUUUUGGUGGCAAAUACAAGACCGACUGGGAUGGAGAGGGUAACAAGGCUCUUGGUAUCCCCACUUUAUCAAAAGAGAAAUGGGAGGAUCUGAUUGCACAGAGGGUUCGGAACGAGCCUAUUGAUGGUGGACUUCCGUGGAAUUCCGCACCCAAGCCAAGGAAGUAA